AUGUCUGCAGAAGAGGCCCAGAAAAUCGACGAGCUUUCCCUCCAGGAAAACGCCGCCCCCGCCGAAGUCAUCUUGGGUGAGGACGGCCAACCAUUGUCCAAGAAGGCAUUGAAGAAAUUGGAGAAAGAGAAAGAAAAGGCCCGCAAAAAGGCCGAGAGAGAGGCCCAGUUGGCCAAGGAAAAGGCCGACAAGGAGGCCCAGGCCGCCAAUGAUCCCGCCAAGGAAAACUACGGCAAAUUGCCCUUGAUCAACUCCGGUUCGAAGACUGGUCAGACUCGUGUCCAGAUCAACACCUUGUCUGCUGCCAACGACGGCCAGGAGGUCAUUUUCAGAGCCCGUUUGCACAACUCCAGACAGCAGGGAGCCACCAUGGCUUUCGUCACUUUGAGACAGCGUCUGAGCUUGAUUCAGGGUCUCAUCAAGGCCAACGGCGAGUCUGUGUCGAAGCAGAUGGUCAAGUGGGCCGGUUCCAUCAACUUGGAGUCUAUAGUUGUAGUUCACGGUGUUGUUCGUAGCGUCGAGGAGCCUAUCAAGUCCGCUACUGUCCAGGACGUUGAGGUGCACAUCAGUAAGAUCUACACCAUUGUGGAGACUCCAGAGCAAUUGCCAAUGUUGAUUGAGGACGCCGCUCGUUCCGAUGCUGACGCAGAGGCCGCUGGCUUGCCUGUGGUCAACUUGGACACUCGUUUGGAUGCCCGUGUGAUCGACUUGCGUACCCCUACCAACCAGGCCAUCUUCCGUAUCCAGCACGGUAUCCAGGCCUUGUUCCGUGAGUUCUUGUCCGAGAGAGGCUUCACUGAGAUCCACACCCCUAAGAUUCUUGGUGCUGCCUCCGAGGGUGGUUCCAACGUGUUCGAGAUCAGCUACUUCAAGCGCCUGGCUUUCUUGGCUCAGUCUCCUCAAUUCUACAAGCAACAAUUGAUUGCUGCCGACUUCGAGAAGGUCUACGAAAUUGCCCCUGUGUUCCGUGCUGAGAACUCCAACACCCACCGUCACAUGACCGAGUUCGUCGGUUUGGACUUGGAGAUGGCUUUCGAGGAGCACUACGACGAGGUCCUUGCCUACUUGCAAGACUUGUUCAUUUUCAUUUUCACAGAGCUUAAAGCUAGAUAUGGUGCGGAUAUUGCCACUGUUCGUAAGCAAUUCCCAGUGGAGGAGUUCAAGUUGCCUGCUGAUGGCAAGAUGGUCAAGUUGCACUUCAAGGAGGGUAUUGCCAUGUUGAGAGAGGCCGGUAAAGACGUCGAUGACUUCGAGGACUUGUCUACUGAGAACGAAAAGCUCUUGGGUAAGUUGGUCCGCGAGAAAUACGACACCGACUUCUACAUCUUGGACAAGUUCCCAUUGGCCGUCAGACCAUUCUACACCAUGCCUUGUCCAGAGGACCCACGUUACAGUAACUCCUACGAUUUCUUCAUGAGAGGUGAGGAGAUCUUGUCUGGUGCCCAACGUAUCCAUGACCCAGAGUUGUUGAAGGAACGUAUGGCCGUCCAUGGCGUUGACCCAUCCACGGAGGGUGUCUGUGACUACAUCGAUGCUUUCACCUACGGAUGUGCUCCACAUGCUGGUGGUGGUAUUGGUUUGGAGCGUGUGUUGAUGUUCUUCUUGGACUUGAAGAACAUUCGUCGUGCUUCCCUCUUCCCAAGAGACCCAAGAAGAUUGAGACCUUAG